GGUUGUUUCCGCCGAUUCUGGUCGAGUUGACCGGCAACUUCGCUCGGCACCUUUCCCGUUGGAGGUGGUCAAUCGGCGGUGUUAGCUUGGUCCGUCCCUACUGCACCACAUGCCCGCAUAAAGACGAAUGUUGGGGUCGAGUGGGUGCGUGAAAACCAAUUGCAGAUGGCCAGUAGGCUGCCUUCCGCUAGAUUCUCUGUCCCGCUGCUCGUCUCUCCCUACCAGAAAAACGACCGUUACAACUCCUCCCUCUACCUCUACCUCUACCUCCUCCCCAUCCCCCUCCCCCCCUCAGUAAGUUCGACAAAAUCCGAUCUUACUUCCCUACACCUUCUCCCCUCUACAUCACCUAAUACGACAACCCCCCACCCCCAGCAUUAUGACUGUCAUCGAUGAGGAAACCCCCGAAGGUCGUGGUACCGAGCGUACUACCAUGGCCAUCAAAAUCUCCGAGACCCCGGAGAUCCAAUCCAAUGAAUCGGUGGCCCCUUUCGCUCGAGACGACCUGGAGCUGAGAGCUGUGACGACCUUGCUCGCCGGGCUCAAUGCCGUGGACCGCCCAGAGGAAACGGCCGACGAGGACCCCCACGACAGCAUGAAGUUCCUGCAACGCUUUCAGCUUAGACAUCUGAUUGCCAUUUCAUCUCUUCUCGCUCGCGAUGGCGAGGUCGUUGCGUGCAUCCCCAAGAUUACCGGCCCCGGUCUGGAGAUAUUCAUCACCGCUACCGUCUCGGCCCAAGUGCAAUCCUCGGGGACCGAUACUAACCCUUCGUACUCCAAGCCUACCGUCAAAUUGAUUUCGGAGGACGCCAUCAAGAUCAAGGACUGCGAUGACGUGUGCACUUUCAUCGUCAAUAAUUGGAUCCUCGGAUUCGAAGGCCAUGCUCGGGUCGUCGCCAAACUCGUGAACGACUGCAUCGAGGUUGGAGCCAAGUCCUCGGACGCCUGGAAGAAGUUGAGUCGCUACUGUGUGGCCCAGAGCUCGCCGAAGCUGGCCAAAUGCUUUGCCUCCAAGUAUCUAAACAUCUUCAUCGAAGCCCUCCACGAAUCGAACCGCGAGCCCGAAUCGGCCCUGGUGAUCCCGGCCAUGAGCUCGAACGACUGCGGCUACAUCAAGGUCAUGAUGAAGAAACUGCGACUGUUCAAGGCCUCCGAGUACCCCGAGUUGACGCAGGCCUUCGAGAAGACCCAGGGUAAUUCUCGCCAGAUCACCCCAGCGAUGCUGCCUGAGAUCAGUCUCCUCUUCAGGUGCCUGAUGAACGAGCUCUGCAAAGCUUCCCACAAGGUGGCGGCAAUGCGUGUGGCCCCGGCUUUGCCUUCGUUGGUUGCAUUCACCAAAUCUGUUAAAAAGCUCUGGCAUCUCCUUCGCUACCUGGAAUACCUGGUCACCUACAGCAAUUUCUUCAGAUGGUUCAUCACCGAGCACCUCGAGAAGGCGAUCGAGAAGGCGAGCCUCAACCACAAGCCGGAAGCCGGAGAUGUCGCCAAGGAGACCGUCAAUCUGGAAACCAUUGCUAGAUUCAGGGAGAAGUUCAGCUCGGCCGUCAGCGAGCCAGCCUGGGAGGUUAUGAAGUGGUUGCGUCUCGUCACCUCCAACAUCCACAGCGCUUGCAUGUUCUACAAGUCUCAGUCUCUGGGCAUGACCGCUGGAAUCGACCGCAAGAUCAAGUUCAAGAUCCUGCAGAUGUCCCCGCCGUCGGCUGGUAUCAAGGACUGGAAGGAAAUGGUGAAGAACUUGUACUCGACUGACGAGGAACGAGAGCGCGUGAUCAAGUUCCUGGAUGGAAAGACCUUUACCAAUGACUGGAAGUUCACCGGAGGCAUGCACUCUGCCGCGAUCCUGUGGUGCCUCAGCACGCUAGCCAUCAGCGAAGUGAGCUCUACGACUAUCAUCCCGCAGUCAGUGAUCAGCGAGUUCUACGACGUCCAUAAUCUGAUCGCUCCCUCCCGUCAAUGCUGUCCGGUCUGUGUCGCGAUCUGCCACGAAGUCAACACCUAUGCCGCCAUUCCCGUCAACGCCAUCGAGACACACUUCAAGAUUACGCCCUGCACGUUUCCGCAGGGUCUUCCCGAGGAGGCAAGAGCCAAUGUUCUCAAGCACUUCAAAGGUGUCCUCAAGACUGCCCUUCAGGAUGUGGCUAAGGGUGUCGAGAGCACUGAGGCGGACCUUCAGGAUGUGACCAAAGGUGUCGAGAGCCUUGAGGUGGAGGAAACAAAGGCUGAGUGAUUGGCUGGUAAUGGUGCACAUGUGAAUAGUUCGGUUUUCUUCGCCGACUGGUACUUCUUCAGCAUUUCCUAGGGACGGAGUCAUUUUUCUCUUGAUGUUUUUGGUGGCGCUGGUGUCAUGUUUUUUUUUUGUUUUUUUUUCUUUCAUAUGAAUUGUAGGUACUUUGUGUCCGCAUGGACGAAUGGGAUGGAGCUUCGGGAGCUGGGAUUAACAUGUACGUACUGUAGAUACGUACGGUUGUGACUUGUAAUUGAUGGACGAAUGAACGGACGAGGUCGCC